GUCAGUCCUGCAGAGAUGGAGAAGUUUAAGACGGUGCUGACCAUCGCUAACAAACAGACCAGCCUCGGUUUCGGGGUGGUGGCUCUGCUGACGGCUGGGGGGGAGCAGGUCUUCUCCUCGGUGGUCUUCCAGUGCCCCUGUAGCCCUGAACUUAACUUUGUGUACGGCCUGGUCUUCCUGCUGGUUCCGGCUCUGGCUCUGCUGCUGCUCGGCUUCAUCCUCAAUAAGAAGACGUGGAAGCUGCUGACGGGGCUGUGCCGUAAAGAGAAGCCCUGCAGCUGCAGGAAGCUGGCUGCUGCCGUAACCAUCCUGGCUCAGAUAAGCUGCUCUGCUCUGGUGGCCCCCACCACCUGGGUCGCAGUGGCUCUGCUGAAUGGGAACUACUUUGAGUGUGCCAUGACUGGAGUCAGGCUGAGCAGCUAUAAGAAACACCUGUGUGGAGAGAAAGCCUCCUCAGAACAGUGUCAAAAGGACCUCUUCAUGUUUCCCUGCAAGAAAGGGCUCAACGAGGACCAGAAGGCCGACAGAGACGACGUGCUGCUGGCCCUCAGGGCUGAGUCUCAGAUUAUGGGCUGGCUGCUCAUCGCCUCCAUCAUGCUGUCUAACCUGAUGCUCACCUGUCUGGCUCGCUGCACCUCCCCCAUCAGCUACAUGCAGCUGAAAUUCUGGAGGGCGUACGCUCAGGAGGAGAACCGUCUGAUGGAUUCUUACGCCACAGAACACGCCAAAGAGCUCGCUGACAGGAACCUUAAGAGCUUCUUCAAAAAGACGCCUCCUCAGGAAAUCCAGACCCCGUCCAACAAGGACUGGGAGAGGAUCUCCUCUCUGUACAAGUUCUGCUCCAAAGAUCACUUCUACAGCACGCUGCACCGCUUUGUGGAGAAGCAGACCACAGAGGUGGACAGUCACAUGAUGAGGAUGGAGUCAGUGAAGUCAGCUGACUCGGUAGCAGUUAAUCCACCUGCUUUUGACUUUGUAGACAGUCAAAUGAUGCCAUGAGGAGGUUCCUCUUCAUCCUCUUGGAUAUUAAACUAUGGUGCUCUUUCAGGACGGAUGUAGAGUUUAUUUUUGAUGUUUUUUAAUGUGAAUAGUAUGUGAGGGGAUGAGGGACAGUAGUGAAGUGCAGCAUACUGUUCUGCAGCUGCUUUUUUCCUCAUGUAUCCCACAGAAUCCUGUUAACUAGAGUGUACUAGAGCCAACAUGUGCCAGUGCUCUGUUUGCUUUUUCUAUGUUGUGUAAUUUACAGUGAGCUGUCCAUGAUCAAUAAAGAGAGAUCAAUCUUCCA